CGUCACCACAUAUUCUCGCGGAGCAGAGCUGGGAGUGUGUUGUCGUGCGCGGCAGGCAGCAGGAGUUGUCCACAUGUGGAUGAAAGGAAAACCCGAAGUAGGACCUGGAUUUCAGCUGUGCAGCUAACAAUGAAGAAAGAAAUAGCAGCAGUGGUAUUUUUCCUGAAGCGGUUGAUAAAGAAGGCUGAGAAGUUGGAUGUGGAAAAGGUGGAACUUUUUGUGGAGCGGUUAACGGUAGCAUUACAGGAGAAGUACAAAGGUCAUUGGUAUCCAGACAACCCCAGCAAGGGCCAAGCAUUCAGGUGCAUCAGAGUGAACCGCUUUCAUAAAGAGGAUGCUGAAUUGCUCAGAGCUUGUGCUGAGAGUGGAGUGCAGUACAAGGACCUCAGUCUGCCUAAGGAGCUCACGCUGUGGGUGGAUCCUGGAGAGGUGUGCUGUAGGUAUGGCGAGAGGAGUCAUGGUUUUACUGUAGCCACCUUCUCAAGUGAUGAUGAUGAUGAUGAUGAUAAAGAGGAUGUGAUAAAGAAAGUGACGAGCGCUGUAGAGAAGGUCACGUCAGAUUACCACUCCGGAUCCUCCUCGGAUGAGGACACCAGCUGUAGAGAGGCCCAGUACACCCCACCUCUCCACAACUACACUCCAUACCAGCUUGUAUAUGCCAGUGCCCCAGUAUGGCAUCCUGUACCAAGGAAGAAGUUCGGCCCGGGGAAAGGGCAUUACCUCCAGCGGCCACACUACAUGAUCCGUCCCCCUUGCAGACCCAGUCAUUCCUUUAAACCGCACAGCUGGUUCCAGCACGGGUACCGCAGCAAGCACGGCUACUGGGGCAGCACUUAAAACCUAGUACACCGGCUUCAGUAACCACUGUUACUACAGCAUGAAAGUUUGUUGGUGUCAAUGUGAGGGUUGUUCCAUUGGGAAUUGUUUUUUGAAGUUACCACUAAGAUGACUGACCAAAUUUUUUUAAAUGUAUUUUUGUAGUUCUGCUGUCACUGUUUUUUGAAUUUGUGACUGGUCAAUUUUUUUUUAAAGAAUAAUAACAAUAACUGUCUGCACUUUAGAGUAUUUGUAAUAGAACAUGUAUAAGAUAAACUUCGUACAGAUUGGAUUAGUAAUAUUUCAAGUAUUUAAAUGUUUAUGGUAAUGAAAAUGUGCUGUAUUUAUGUUAUAUGGGAUCAUUUGAUAACACUUUACAUCAUGUUUUUGUCAUAGUUUCAGUGACCAAAUAUUUUAUUUAUUCACAGUAAAGUAUUUUGUAUUGCAUAGACCUCUUAAAUUAUGGAUAUUAAAAUUUUUCACGAAUAUAAAAUCUUGGAUUUUUUAAGGUUAUUUUUGUGUUUGUAGUUUUAUUAGAAAAACACUAGGUGGCAGUAGGACAUAAUAUUUCACUCCUUUUCUUUGUAACUGCGCACUUUAAAUUAGGGCACAGCGCAAUGCAAUACUUUGACUUGUUUACUCAAUGGUAUCGAACUGCAGUGCUCUUUUUAUAGUACAGUCUUGUUUAUCUCAUUCUCAAGCAGUUAUUUUAUGGUAUAUGGAAGUUUUACAUGGACACACAUGUAGUGCAGAUGUGUUUUUUUACGAGUCAGUUCAACAAGUUCACUGUGCUUGCCACACCUUCCUCUCAGCAGAGCAAACUGCUCACAAACUCUGACCAAGUCUAGAGGAAAUGACUACAAUUCAUGGCUAUCAGCCCCACCAUAAUAGACUCGAGAGGAAUUGCUUAACAAAUUCACUUCGCUUUUUCACACACCCUUGUCUGUUAUAUUACUAUAAUGUGCAUCCAAUAUGCGCCUUGUGCUUGGAAAACAGGUUGCUAUUAAUGCACUGUUCAACAGUAGUUGUGUUUCAUUAGUUUUUUUUUUCUAGUGCACAAACCCACGUUCUGGACUUAGAAUGAAUUAAAUAGUAUUUGUGUUGGUUACAGUUGCACAAAUCUAGGCAACUGCAUGGUUGAUUAAUAACAAUUAUGUGUGAUCAUACAAUUCUAUGUAAUAGACGGA